UUCUUUGACAAAAUGAAUAUAUUCCAAAUAAAUUAACAAUCUGCAGUUGAAGAAAAAAUGAAUUAACAAUUCUCCAAAGAAAACUUCAAUGGAGAUCCUUCAUUAUUUCUUAUUUUUUGGUCUCCUGAUGUCUUAUUUGGGAAUUUGUAGGGCACAAGACACCAUAACAGCUAAUCAAACUCUCCGUGAUGGGGAUACCCUUGUUUCAGCCGAUGAAAUGUAUGAACUCGGGUUUUUUAGUCGCGGAAACAUUACAAAUCGGUAUUUGGGGAUAUGGUACAAGAACAAAUCCCCACUGACAGUGGCAUGGGUUGCUAACAGGGAGACACCAAUAAGAGACUCGUCAGGUGUCUUCAGAGUUGACACCAACGGAUCCCUAUUGGUUAUCGCUGGUAGCAACAACACCGUCGUCUGGUCAUCUAACCCUGGCCCGGUAUCUCCCCCAACCAUAAAUCCGGUGGCACAACUUUUGAACCCUGGAAAUCUUGUUGUUAGAGAUCAAAGUGGCGAAGGAAGUUUGAUUUGGCAAAGUUUUGAUCACCCUGGAGACAUGUUCCUUCCCGGGAUAAAAUUAGGGAAGGACCUGAUCUCUGGGUUAGAUAGGCGGUUGUCAUCAUGGAAGAGCGUCGACGAUCCUUCACCUGGCCUGUAUGAAGCGUUGAUGAAUACAAACGGGUACCCACAAUUGUGGGUAGAAAGAGAUUCUGUUCCUUACUCGAGGUUUGGACCAUGGAAUGGUCUUACGUUCAAUGGCAUUCCUACUCAUAUUUCAAACUCCAUAUACACACACGACUUUGUUAUGAAUGAUAAGGAGGUGUACUAUUGGUUCACACUUGUUAAUACUUCAGUCGUGACCCGCAUCUACUUCACUCCAGAAGGCAUCCCGUUACGAAUGAACUGGAAUGAACGAACACAGAUGUGGUUCCUAUACUCGAGCGCGAAUAUCGACAUGUGUAGCCUUUUCGCGCUAUGUGGUUCAAAUGGAAGGUGCGACCCAAAGAACUCACCUCUUUGUAGUUGUAUGGAAGGGUUCGAACCACGAAACCCAGACGAAUGGAGUGCAUCCCAGUGGUCAAGUGGGUGUCGCCGUAGAACAGCUUUAAGUUGUUCGAAUGGGGAUGGCUUUCGUGUGUUUAAUAAUGUUAAAUUGCCAGACACUCGGCGUGCAUGGUUCAAUAGGAGCAUGACACUUGGUGAAUGUGAGACAGCAUGCAAGCAGAAUUGCUCGUGUAACGCGUAUUCGAAUAUUGAUAUUCGAAUGAACGGAAGCGGAUGCUUGCUGUGGUUCGGUGAUCUAAUGGAUAUCCGAACAGUGGAUGAAAGCCAGGACCUUUUUGUAAGAAUGGCUGUCUCCGACUUGACAGUUCAAUCAAUACCGGAAUUUACCUCCAGACCAGCUGGUUCCAACAAAAAGAGGCAAACAAUCAUAGUGGUGGUGUCGAUCUUAUCUAUUCUUGUUAUGGUGAUCUUGAUUUUAGCAAUCUUGUAUGGUAGGAGAAAAAAUAAAAGAUCACGAGUGAAAAAAAUACCAGUUCAAACCAUUGAUGAAGAGUAUAUCAUGGAUAGCCAAGAUGAUGAUACAGAGUUAACGGCUUUUAGCCUGACUAAGAUAUCGAAAUCCACUAAUGAUUUUGCAAAUGACAAAAAACUUGGACAAGGUGGUUUUGGUCCUGUUUACAAGGGUGUGCUUGAUGACGGACGAGAAAUAGCUGUGAAAAGAUUAUCCAAAACUUCAAGACAGGGAAUUGGAGAGUUUAAAAAUGAAGUUAAAUUCAUUGCUAAGCUUCAACAUCGAAAUCUUGUAAAGCUUUUGGGAUACUGCAUUCAAGGAGAUGAAAACAUGUUAAUAUACGAGUACAUGCCUAACAAAAGUCUGGACUCAUUCAUAUUUGAUAAAAUCAAAAGUUUCAUACUAGGUUGGUCAGAUCGUUUUCGUAUCAUUCAUGGGAUUGCUCGAGGACUCCUUUAUCUUCAUCAAGAUUCACGAUUUAAAAUUGUUCAUCGAGAUCUCAAAACAAGCAAUAUUUUGUUGGAUGUUGACAUGAACCCAAAGAUAUCAGACUUUGGUCUUGCAAGAAUGUUUAGAGAACAUGAAAAUGAAGCAAAUACGAACAAUGUAGUUGGAACUUUGGGUUACAUAGCACCAGAAUAUGCUGUAGAUGGGAUUUUCUCAGAAAAAUCAGAUGUCUUCAGUUUUGGUGUUCUUGUGUUGGAAAUUGUGAGUGGGAAAAAAAAUAGAGGAUUCUCUCAUCAGAAUGACAGUGAUAAUCUUCUUGCACAUGCGUGGAGACUUUUUGAUGAAGGCAUGGCGAUGGAGUUGCUUGCUGCGCAUAUGCGUGAGUCAUGUGUAGCCUCCGAAGUACUUCGCUCAGUACAUAUCGGUCUUUUAUGUGUCCAACAUUUUGCAAAAGAUAGACCAACUAUGUCAUCUGUCGUUUUGAUGUUUGAUAAAGAAGGUGCAUUGCCUCAACCUAAACAACCUGCAUUUUUUGCCAAAGGAAGUUUGCCUCAACUUAAUCUAGCUUCCGUCGAUGACAUCACAAUGACAACAUUAGAACCUCGAUAAUAUGUAUAUUAUUUGUUCAUGUGAAGGUCCAUCUCAUGAUCAUAAUACUAAGCUUUCUUUUUCAUAUAUAUGAUAGACGUAUCAACCAAAUUAUUAUAGAAUCUAUGGGUUAAAUGUAUGUUUUGUAAACAUAAUAAGAUCGUUAAAUGGCGACUUAGGCAUCUACGAUGCAUUGACUUCUAUACAAUAUUCCAGAUUGUAACAUUAUCAUUC